AACAAAUUAGAGGUUGCAAGUUUCCGCAAAGCUUCAAACUUUCCAGUUAAUUUGCAGAAAAAUCAGUGAAAGUUUUCAUCUUUCCUAGAAAAAUUAGUGAAAGUUUUAAUCUUUCUCGGGAAAGUGAACCCAUUUUCCAGGGAAAAGCAUCAAAUUAAGGAACGGUUGCACAGAGAAUGUGAACAGCAGAAACGAUGUCGUUUUUGCCGAAGAAGAAGAAGGAGACGAGUCCAGUAUCGCCAUUGAACAGACGAAGAGCAAGCUGGUCAGAGCUUUGGGUUAACCAUCACACCCACCAUUUACUCUCUUCUCCUCCUCCUCCUCAAAUCCCCAAAUCCGAUUCCUGCCAAAAAACCGAUCUCACCCUCCUCUUGCCCGACCUCACCCUCCUCGCAAUCAUCUCCAAGGUCCCUUCACCUCACCGAAAGACUCUCUCUUUGGUCUGCCAGAGAUGGCUGAGACUCCACGGCGGGCUCGUACGGACGGUUAAGGUAUCCGAUUGGAGGUUCCUCGAGUCUGGUCGGCUCGUCACUAGGUUUCCUAAUCUGGACAACGUUGAUUUGGUAACUGUCGGAGGGUUAGUUUCGUUUACUGUUGGUGGUGUAGGGUCUUCUUAUUACCAAAGUCUGAGCUUUAUUGAAGAGGAGGAGAGACUCUCGCUGUCUGUUGAUGAGGUCGAUAGAGGGCUCAGAGCUCUCGCAUCCGGCUGCUCUAAUCUCAGGAGACUCGCGGUGGGGAACGCUAGCGAGUUAGGGUUGUUGAGCGUGGCUGAAGCGUGUACGAGGUUGCAAGAGCUUGAACUCCAUAAUUGUUCCGACAGUGUUUUGCUUGGAGUUGGCGCGUUUGAGAAUCUGCAGAUACUGAGAUUGGUUGGGAGCGGUUUGGUUUCGGAUAUCGGUUUGAUGAUCUUGGCUCAAGGGUGUAGGAGGCUUGUGAAGCUUGAGCUCGUUGGAUGCGGAGGAGGGUUUGAUGGGGUUAGAGAGAUAGGGGAGUGUUGUCAGAUGCUUGAGGAGUUUGCUGUUUGUGAUCAUAAGAUGGAAGCUGGUUGGGUUGGUGGUCUUGGGUAUUGUGAGAAUCUCAAGACUCUGAAGCUAGUUUCUUGUAAGAAGAUUGAUCAUGGUCUUGGUCUUGGUCUAGGUGAGUGUUUGAGUCGUUCUUGUCCUGCGUUGGAGAGGUUACACUUGGAGAAGUGUCAGUUGAGAGAUAAGAGUACAGUGAAGGAUUUGUUUAAGAUGUGUGAAGCAGCGAGAGAGGUUGUUUUUCAAGACUGUUGGGGAUUGGAUGAUGAUAUCUUCAACUUAGCAAUGGCUUUUGGAAGAGUGAAGCUUUUGUAUCUAGAAGGAUGCUCAUUGCUAACAACAUCAGGUCUAGAAUCAGUGAUUCUACAUUGGCAUGAGCUUGAACAUCUGAAAGUGGUUUCUUGCAAGAACGUGAAAGAUUCAGAGAUCUCUCCGUUGCUCUCAGCUUUGUUCUCUGACUUGGUAGAGUUGCAGUGGAGACCAGACACCAGAUCACAUCUCUGGUUGAACCUUACAGAUUCUGGAAUUGGGAAUAGAGGUGGAAAGUUUUUCAAGAAAACAUAGAAAGUUUUAUAUUUUUCCAACACUGUAAACUGUUUCUCUUGCAUACUUAUUUAGAAUCAUUCUUAAGUUUUUUUUUUU